AUGGCAAAAAAGAGAAAGGCCGGAAGAGCAAGCCAGCAGGAUGCUCCAAGCAGGACUGAUCGAUACGACGUCGAGGAAAGAUUCGAUGAUUCCGAGGACGAAUUUUUUGCCGGACGGGAUAAGAUCUUACUUGAUGAAGCGCCGGCAGCGAAGAGAUUACGCAGACUUGAAGAACAGGAGAAACACUUACAAUCCUCGGAUGAGGAGGUCUAUGAAGACGCUCAGGCUGAGGUCGAGGAUGAUCUGGAAGACGACGAAGACGUAGAUUUCGACGCCGAUGCCCGUGGCCGUAAGGACGGCGACGAGGACGAAGAGUUGGACGAGAACUGGGGCACGUCCAAAGCCGACUAUUACAAUGCCGACGUAAUUGAGACCGAAGCAGACGCCCUCGAGGAAGAAGCCGAAGCGCGCAGGUUGCAGCAGAAACAACUCCAGUCCAUGACCGAGGCGGAUUUUGGCUUUGACGAAAGCGCAUGGGUGGACGAGACCGAGAAGACACAGGACAAGCGGCCCGCCGUCGAAAAGCUCCCGGAACUUCAAAUUCCUCCAAAUGCCACGGCCGAGGAACGCACCCAAAUCCUGAAAUCAAGGUAUCCCGAGUUCGAGCCUUUGGCGCACGACUUCGUCUCACUACAAGAUGAGUACCGUGAAUCGAAGAAGAAGAUUGAGCUGUCUGAUGUACAAGGUGCACGGGGCAUUCAGGACAAAAUAUCUCUGACGAGGUUCAGGGCACUUUCGUCCUAUCUGGGUGCCGUUGCAAUGUACUUGGCUGUUCUAACAUCCUCGAAGAGUGGCACAGCGCUGCCUCCCGGUGAACUGCGAGAACACCCCAUCAUGAGUAACCUCGUGCGGUGUCGGCAGCUGUGGCAGGAAGCGCAAGACUUGAAGGUGGUUGAGGUUCCCACCGUUCGGGAGGAAGCCGUGUCUGUCAAACCACGUGAGGUUAAGGUGCCGGAGCAGCCCAAGCCGAACGUCGAAUCGAAGAAGCCGGAGAAGAGCAAGAAGUCGAAGAAACCAACAACAAAGUCAACAGUAACGACAGAAGACGUCGUGCCUGAGCCUGUUCCAUCAACGAAGAAGACGAAGAAAUCUAAGAAACCCAAGCGUGAUGAUCUGCAGGAACUCCUCGCGUCGUCGCUACAGACUCCCCGGGACGAUGAGUCCGACUUUGGAGACGAAGUACCUUUGACUGCCGAGGAAGCGGCAGAGAAGGCGAAGAGGAAGAGGUCGCUGCGAUUCUACACGUCGCAGAUCGCGCAGAAGGCCAACAAGAGAGGCGCGGCUUCACGUAACGCCGGCGGCGACGACGAUGUACCGCACAAGGAGCGCCUUCGCGACAGGCAAGACCGCUUGAUGCGUGAGGCAGAGAUGAGAGGAAGGGAGGUUGCCCAUGGCGACGAACAAGUGUUUGACUCUGGAGACGACGAUACCGGCGUAGGCCGAGAAAUGAAGGACGAUGCCAACGAGUACUACGACAUGUUGGUCUCGAGCAAGAAAGCCAAGAAGGCCGACAAACAAGCCAGAGCAGAAGCGUACGCCGAGGCCGCGAGACAGGGAGCCCAGGUAUACGAGGAAGAACAGGUCGGGGCUGAUGGCAAACGGAAAAUCACUUACGCGAUUGAAAAGAACAAGGGCCUCGCGCCGAAACGGAAGAAGGACGUGCGCAACCCUCGCGUCAAGAAGAGGAAGAAGUUCGACGAGAAGAUGAAGAAACUCGCCUCUAUCCGACAGGUAUACAAAGGUGGCGAGGGCCGCGGAGGCUAUGGCGGCGAAGCCACAGGUAUCAAGACCAAUGUGGUUAAGAGUAUCAAAUUGUGA